AACGAAGCGCUCAAAAUAUCGCCUCGCCGGUGCCGGACCGGGCACGGGCGGAAAGGCGCACCCACUCGAGACGACCACCCCCCGCGCGCGAGGUCAGUCAGGCGAGGCCACUACCCCUCGCCCGCGGCGGCGAUGCCCUUCUUCUCCGGCGGCGGCGGCGGCCGCUCCGGCGCGCUCCUCCCCACCACCUCCAAGCCGAAGGCGCACCACCACCUCCGCUCCAAGUCCUCCCUCUCCGCGCCAGCCUCCUCCCGCCGCCGCGGGGGGCCACACUCCGCCUCCUCCCCCUACUCCCGCCGCGCCCUCUGCCUCGCCGCGGCCGCCUUCGCGGCGCUCUUCGUCCUCGCCUUCCUUCGCCUCGGCCUCCCCUCCUCCCGCCCCGCCGCGCGCUCGCCCCACGCCCGCCCCCGUGCGCGCCUCACCCGCAGGCCGGCCUUCCGCCUCCGCGACUCGGCCGCCGUAGCGGCGCGGAUCGGGCGAGAGGCGCCCGUGGACAUCACCACGAGGGACCUCUACGACCGGAUCCAGUUCCUCGACGCCGACGGCGGCGCGUGGAAGCAGGGGUGGGAGGUCAAGUACCGCGGCGACGAGUGGGACGGCGAGAAGCUCAAGGUCUUCGUCGCGCCGCACUCGCACAACGACCCCGGGUGGAUCCGCACCGUCGAGGAGUACUACGAGCGACAGUCGCGCCACAUCCUCGACACCAUCGUCGAGUCCCUCUCCAAGGAUUCGCGCAGGAAGUUCAUAUGGGAGGAGAUGUCGUACCUGGAGAGGUGGUGGCGGGACGCGCCGCGGAAGAAGCAGGAGGCGUUCGCUAAGCUUGUCCGUGAUGGGCAGCUCGAAAUUGUGAGCGGCGGAUGGGUCAUGAACGAUGAGGCAAACUCCCACUACUUUGCCAUCAUAGAACAGAUGAUGGAGGGGAACAUGUGGCUCAAUGAUACUAUUGGAGUUGUUCCUAAAAAUUCUUGGUCAAUCGACCCAUUUGGUUAUUCAUCUACAAUGGCUUAUUUGCUUAGGAGAAUGGGUUUCCAUAACAUGUUAAUCCAGAGAACGCACUAUGAGCUGAAAAAGGAGCUUGCAAUGAAAAAGAAUCUUGAAUAUUUGUGGAGGCAGAACUGGGAUAUUGAAGAAACAACUGACAUAUUUGUUCAUAUGAUGCCCUUCUAUUCUUAUGACAUUCCACACACAUGUGGACCUGAACCAGCUAUCUGCUGCCAGUUUGACUUUGCUCGAAUGCGUGGUUUCAGCUAUGAAUCCUGCCCAUGGAGAUUCGAUCCUGUUGAGACAGAUGCUGACAAUGUGCAAGAGAGAGCAACAAAACUUCUAGAUCAGUACAGGAAAAAGUCAACCCUGUACAGAACGAAUACACUUCUCAUUCCUUUGGGUGAUGAUUUCCGGUAUGUUAGUGUGGAGGAAGCAGAAGUACAAUUCCGCAAUUACGAGAAGCUUUUUGAUUACAUAAACUCUGAUCCCCAUCUUAAUGCUGAAGUCAAAUUUGGUACCCUGGAGGAUUACUUCUCCACACUGAGAGAUGAAGCUGAAAAGAUAAACUAUUCACGCCCGGGUGAAUUGGGUUCUGUUGAGCUGCAAGGUUUUCCAACACUUUCAGGGGAUUUCUUUACAUAUGCUGAUAGAAAUCAGGAUUACUGGAGUGGUUACUAUGUCUCGAGGCCAUUCUUCAAAGCUGUUGACCGUGUACUAGAACAAACGCUCCGUGCCUCAGAGAUUCUGGCUUCAUUUGUUCUAGGGUACUGUCAGAAGUUUCAGUGUGCGAAACUCCCCAUCAGCUUCUCACACAAACUGACAGCAGCAAGGAGGAAUUUGGCGCUUUUUCAGCAUCAUGAUGGGGUAACUGGCACAGCUAAGGAUCAUGUUGUGGUGGACUAUGGCACUCGAAUGCACACAUCACUGCAAGAUCUACAGUUAUUUAUGUCCAGGGCGGUUGAAGUGCUUUUAGGAGAUUUCCAUGAUAGAUCUGACCCUACAUUGCUAUCACAUUUUGAACCAGUGCAGGAACGUUCAAAGUAUGAUGUUCAGCCGGUGCAUAGGGUUCUUGACCCUCGUGAAGGGAAGGCACAAUCGAUUGUCUUUUUUAACCCAUUAGAACAAACAAGGGAUGAGAUUGUUAUGGUUGUUGUAAGCACUCCUGAUGUUUCUGUUCUGAACUCGAACGGUUCCUGUUUGCAAAGUCAAGUUUCCCCAGAGUGGCAGUUUGUCAGCGAUGAAAAGAUUUCCACUGGCCGGCACCGUCUUUAUUGGAGGGCUUCUGUUCCUGCACUAGGUUUGGAGACCUACUAUGUGGUAACUGGGCAGGAUUGUGAAAAGGCUAUUCCUGCUGUUGUAAAAACAUUCACAGCUUCACAGCAAUUUCCUUGCCCUGAACCAUAUGUUUGUUCAAAGCUGGAAGGCAAAACAGUGGAGAUGAAGAACUCUUAUUACACUCUUUCUUUUGAUGCAAGUCAUGGCCUCCUUCAGACAGUAACUGGUCACAAGGAUGGGGAACAAACCGUGAUAGGUGAAGAAAUUGGCAUGUACAGAAGCCAUGGAAGUGGGGCAUACUUGUUCAAACCAAUUGGCGAAGCUCGCUCAAUUGUCGAGGAAGGGGGACAUUUCAUACUUACUGAAGGGCCAUUGGUUCAAGAAACCCAUUCUCUUCCAAAAACUGAGUGGCAUAAGCCACCUCUCUCACAUAGUACACGCAUUUACGAUUGUGGGGACUCUAUACAGGAUAUGCUGAUCGAGAAGGAAUACCAUGUUGAGCUUGUCGGCCAUGUUUUUAAUGACAAGGAACUGAUUGUCAGGUACAAGACAGAUAUUGACAACCAAAGGAUCUUCUAUUCUGAUCUAAAUGGCUUUCAGAUGAGUAGGAGGCAGACAUAUGAUAAGAUCCCUCUACAGGGAAAUUAUUACCCAAUGCCAUCACUUGCCUUUUUGCAGGAUUCACUUGGUAAUCGGUUUUCUGUACACUCCAAGCAGUCAUUAGGGGCAGCAAGCUUGAAAAAUGGAUGGUUAGAGAUUAUGUUGGAUCGUAGGCUGGUUCAGGAUGAUGGCCGUGGUCUGGGGCAGGGAGUAAUGGACAACCGGCCCAUGAAUGUUAUAUUCCAUCUCCUCAGGGAGUCCAAUGUCUCAGCUUUGCCUAAGACCCACAGUUUGCUUACUCUUCAACCAUCUCUCCUCUCACACCGUGUUGGGGCGCACCUGAACUACCCAAUGCAUGCUUUUAUGAGCAAAAAACCUCACGAAAAAUCCUUCAAGCUGCCUCAACAGUCAUUCACUCCAUUAACUGCUUCUUUGCCCUGCGAUGUACAUAUUGUAAACCUAAAGGUCCCUCAGCCCCUAAGAUUUCCUCACACUGAAGCAGCCAGCCAAAGAUUUGCUAUUCUGUUGCAGAGGAGAGGCUGGGACGCAUCAUAUUGCAAAAAGGGUGGAUUGCAUUGUACAACAGUUGAGGAAGAACCAGUAAAUCUGUUCUACAUGUUCAAAGAUCUCUCGGCUGUGAACGUGAAGGCGACUUCGCUGAACCUCUUACAUGAUGACCCUGAAAUGCUGGGGUACCUUGAGCAGAUAGGAGAUGUUGCUCAGGAGGGAAACGUUCUUAUCUCACCAAUGGAGAUUCAGGCAUACAAAUUAGACCUACAGCCACCAUCAUCGCAGGAAGAAUAGUUUGCCUACAAGUUAGACUGAAGAUGGAUCUUCCUGAAAAAGUUGAUAGUGGCAGCCGGAUUGUGCUGGAGCAGAUACGGUGCUGCAUGUAUGUGUGUUCAUACGUUGGUGAUCGAACCUCUCGAACUUCCUGACAAUUGCUGCUGAGGCAUUUGGUUACAGCCUUUCUAUCGACGAAGGUGCAUAUAUUUUUUUCUUGGUUAAUGCACAACGGUUGGAAUAUUUGCAGCACAUUGAAGCAUAGCUAAUUCUUAGCGUCCAUUUGCGUUUGCUCACUAUUAUAGUGUUGCUCGGGCCAGUGCUAACACGACAACAAGAACCUAUAUCAGACAAGUUUUGUAAUUUGUAUAUUUUUAUUUUGCAUCUUUCUUUUUGUAGUGUGCUCAGCCUGCUGGCAGAAACCUGAUAGUUUAGGUACACAGACUCUUGAUUUUUGAGAUCUUUAUAUGUACAAAAUUCUGCUUGUAAGGACGUGAGGAUUGCUGGAGUGCCUCAGUCCUGGCUACGAAGCUCGCAAAUGUUUUAACAUUGCUUGAUACCGUAUGCUUUGUUGCAAUAUUUUGACAAAACCUGAUUAUCCA